CAACAUCUGUUCGGCUUGUGACUGGGUGGCAACUCCGAACUGCGGUCUCUGCGGUGUCUGCACGUGUUUACGUUUGGUUUGCAGUUUUGUUCUUAAUUCUGUGCGUAAAAUGGUCAAAAAGAAGGAAAAGUCGGCCAAGGGGCCAAAGAAGGGCGACCAGGAAGGACCUACAACAUCAGCCGCAUAUGCCGCCAAGAUCACCACGCCCGCCCAGGGCGAUGCAGAGACUGGGAUUUGGGGCGAUGCUCGCUUCCAGCAUUUGAUGGCCGAUCCCCGCUUCAAGGGUGUGCCCAAGGUGCAGCGGAAGGUGAAGAUCGACAAGCGCUUCCAGGGCAUGUUCACGGAUGACAAGUUCAAGGUGAAGUACACGGUGGACAAGUACGGCCGGCCGGUCAACACAAGCAAUGCCGAAGAUUUGCGCAAGUUCUACGAACUGGAUGAGAACGACAGCGAUGAGGAGGCUGAAAAAGAGGCUGAGGCGGCGGGUACGAAAGAAGUCGAAGAUGAGGAGCAGAAAGAGCGCCGGGCAGAAGAGCUGGCCAUUGCACGCGUGGACGGUGAGAAGGAUGAGCUCGAGAACGAUGCCCUGGAGAGCGACGGCUCCGAAGUUCCGGAGAACCUGCGCGAACGCCUGACCAACCCCAACGUUGAUUAUGCUCGCGGCGAGGGGCGCCUGAUGACGGACUCCUCGUCGGACGACGACACCGACGAUGACGAAGGUGCCGAGGGUCCAGAGCUGCAGAUCGACCACGUCUGGGGCGAGCUGGACAACGAUGCCGAGACCACCGAAGAGUCCACCCGCCGUUUGGCCAUCUGCAACAUGGACUGGGACCGCAUACGCGCCGAGGAUCUGAUGGUACUGCUGAGCUCCUUCCUACCGCUCGGCGGGAGCAUUCUCAGUGUGAAGAUCUACCCCUCAGAGUACGGCAAGGCACGCCUGGCCGAAGAAGAGAUUCAUGGCCCGGCCGAGCUGGUUAAGCGUGACGAGGAGCAGCACGAGGAGGAGGACGACUCUGAUGAGGAGCUGGUCAAGGAACAGGACAGUGACGUCGAGGAGGGCGCCGACUACCACAUGGAGAAGCUGCGCCAGUACCAGCUGAACCGUCUCCGCUACUACUACGCUGUGGCCGAGUGCGACUCGGUGGCCACCGCCGACAAGGUGUACAAGGAGUGCGAUGGCAUCGAGUACGAGAGCUCGGCCACGCGCGUCGAUCUCCGCUUCAUACCCGACGACACCUCCUUCGAGGAAGAUACGCCCAAAGACGAGUGCUCCGAGCUGCCGGAUGCCAGCAACUACAAGCCACGCCAGUUCACCACAACGGCCCUGCAGCAGGCCAAGGUGGAUCUCACCUGGGACGAGACGGCGCUGGACAGACGCGAACUGGGCGACAAGCUCUCCAGCGGCCAGGUGGACAAGCUCACCGAUAAGGAGCUUCGCCAGAUUGUCGCCUACAGCAGCGAGGAGGACGAAGACGAGGAGGAAGAAGAGCAGCCCCAGGCGGUGGAGAAGAAAGAGCAGCAGCCAGAGCAUAAGCAGCCUCAGCCGCCCAAGAAGCUGUCGAAGCAGGAGCGCAUUGCCAGCUAUAAGAACCUCCUGGCCGAUAUCCUGCAGCAAGAGAAGCAGGACAAGGAGCACAAAUACGAGAUGGAAAUGUCCUGGAACAUUGAGCCGACUAUCGAGCCAAAGGAGGAGCAGCAGAAGACGGGCACAGGCACCGCGGGCCAGCCAUCCGACCUGACGCCCAUCGAGAAGGUGAUCCAAAAGCGCAGCGAGAAGAACAAGCUGCGCAAGGAGCUGCGGCGCAAGAAGCAGAUCGAGGCACGUGGCGGCGAUUCCGAGGACAGCGACGACUCCAUAGUGCCCGAUGGCAUCGACAUGAACGAUGCCUACUUCGCGGAGGAGUUCGCCAAUGGCGACUACGAGCCGCCCAAGACCAAAAAGCAGGCCAAAAAGAAAAACAAGAAGCAGGAUCAGGCCGAGGAUGUGGCAGCGGAGCAGCAGCAGCAGCAGGAGCUGGCCCUGCUGCUGGACGACGGCGAUGGCUUGGAGGAGAAGCAGCACUUUAGCCUGACAAAGAUCCUCAAGCAAGAGGAACUGGAUUCAGGCGGCGCCAAGCGCAAGCGGCGCAAGCAGCUCAAAAAGGCCAAGCACCAGCCCGAGGAGACGGCCAAACCGGACGACGAUUUCCACGUGGACCUUAACGACACGCGCUUCAAGGCCGUCUACAAGUCGCACGAGUACAACAUCGAUCCCACGCACUCUCACUACAAGGCCACCAAGGGCAUGCAGCAGAUCAUUGGCGAGAAGCUCAAGCGUCGCGAGCGGCAGGUGGACGGCAAAGCAGAAGCAGACACAUUGGACUCUGCCGACGAGUCGCUGGCCCCCAAGCGCAGCAAGCAGCAGCUGGAACAGUCGGCGCUGGUGAAGAGCCUCAAGCGGAAACUGCAGCAGCAGCACAGCAGCAGUCGAAGCCGAAGCAGAAGCUCUAGGGGAUUGGAUUACUGUUUAUUUGCUUAA